AUGGGGGCCAGCCGGCGCUCGAAGUGGAAAAAGGGCGAAUUGACUGCAGCAGAAAAGUUCUUCGAUGAAAAACCCUUAAGAGAAAAGGCGCAGCAGCUAGCAGCAGCAGACCAGCUCUUUGUCCUCGACGCCGAAGGCGCCGAUGACACAUCACACUUUUCACGGGGGGCGCGGCGUUUGCUGCAGCGGCAGCAGCUCGUAGUCGAAGGCAGCAGCAGCAGCGGCAGCAGCAGCAGCAGCAGCAGCAAGAAGCCGCUGCUGGAAGUGGCGACGCAGGCCCACAAGAAGCAGCUAGAGAGGGUCAUAAAAGGCAGCAAAAAGAGAGCAGAGACAGCAGCAAGAAUCAAAGCAAAAAGGACAGCAGAAGAAUGCGUCGACUUGUGGGAAGACGAGCCACUGGAUGCGAUAGUCAACAUCCAGAAAAACGCAAAGCAGCAGCAGCAGCAACAGCAGCAGCAGGAGCAGCAACCCCCGCUGCAGCAGCAGAAGCAGCAGCAGCAAGCAGCAGCAGCAGCAAACGCCGGCGCUGCCGCCUGA